AUGAACACCAUCGUGCCAGACGUGCUGAAGCAGGGCGCGCAGGAGGACAAGGGGGAAAUCGCGAGGCUGCAAUAUUUCGUGGGAGCCAUCGCUGUUGGAGACUUGGUGAAAAGCACACUGGGGCCAAGGGGGCUGGACAAAAUAUUGACCCCAUUGAAUAUAGAAGGCGCGAGAAGUCACCAACACACAGUCACCAAUGAUGGAGCAACGAUCCUCAAGUCAGUAUGGUUAGAUAAUCCUGUGUCCAAAAUAUUAGUAGACGUUAGCAUGCAGCAGGAUAACAAAUGUGGAGAUGGAACAACAGGAGUUGUAGUCCUAGCAGCAGAAAUGCUUAGGAAUGCAGAAAUAUUAAUUGAGAAUAAAAUACACCCCCAAAUUAUUUGCGAUGGAUUUCGCAUGGCACUUAAGGCAGCGAGAGAUGCAUUGGAAAAAUGUUGUUUCAGUCAUGACAUGAAUUCUGAACAGUUUAAAGAAGAUAUGCUAAAAAUUGCGAGGACCACUUUGUCCUCCAAACUAUUGACACAUGAAAAGGAACAUUUCUCCCAGCUAGCCGUAAAUGCAAUUCUACGCAUAAAAGAAAAUCUUAAUUUAGAUCUAAUUCAAAUAAUAAAAAAAACUGGAGGCACCAUUAAAGAUUCUUAUUUGGAAGAAGGAUUCAUAUUAGAAAAGAGAAUUGGAAUAAACCAACCAAAAAGUCUCACAAAAUGUAACGUCAUGGUAGCCAACACACCCAUGGACACAGACAAGGUUAAAAUAUAUGGCACAAAAGUAAAUGUGAAUAGUUUUGAAGAUAUACAAGAUUUAGAGAAUGAAGAAAAAUUAAAAAUGAAAAAAAAAGUGGAAAAUAUUAUUGCACAUGGAUGUAACGUUUUUAUUAACAGACAAUUGAUUUAUAAUUAUCCUGAACAAAUUUUUCGCGAGAACAAUGUUAUGACAAUUGAACAUAGCGAUUUCGAUGGUAUGGAAAGAUUAGCUAGCUGUUUAGGAGCAGAAAUUGCAUCCACUUUUGAAAAGGAUCUUAAUAUCAAAUUAGGAUAUUGUGAAAAAAUUGAAGAAGUCAUUAUAGGAGAGGAUAAAUUAAUUCGAUUUUCUGGGUGCAAAAAAAAUGGAGCAUGUACAAUCAUUUUGAGGGGUGCCUCUUCACACAUUUUGGAGGAAAGUGAAAGGUCGUUACAUGACGCACUUGCCGUUCUAGCAGAAACGAUGAAGGACAAUCGAGUCGUUUUGGGAGCUGGCUGUACAGAAAUGCUCAUGAGUAACGCUGUGGAUAAUUUAGCGAGGACUGUAGAGGGAAAGCGAAGCUUAGCUAUUGAAGCCUUUGCAAAGGCGCUCAGACAAAUUCCAACAUACAUAUUAGACAAUGGAGGCUUUGAUAGCUCAGAAGUUGUGAGCAAAAUAAGAGCCCAACAUACCAAGGGGAAUGCUUACGCUGGCAUCGACAUCAACACUGGAGAUGUGGGAAAUGUCAUGGAGCUCGGUAUUUAUGAGUCAUAUAAUUCAAAGUUAUCUCAAUUGACCUCCGCCACCGAGGCAGUCGAGAUGAUUUUGCGAGUGGAUGACAUAAUUAAGUGCGCCCCUCGCAAGAGAGGCGGUGUGUAA